UUUCCUGCAGCAGCAGCAGCAGCUCCGGGUGGAGGUUCAGUCUCCGCUGCUCCACCUUCUCUCUCCUCCCGCAGCACUUUCUCCUCCACCGCCUCCAUGUCCCACACCGUGAUCAGCGGCCAGACCUCCACCCGCUCCCCCGGGGACGGAGUCCUCAACCCGGGCUACGUGAGGACCAUCCCCGGCCUGCUGAAGCUGGGACAGCUGCUCGCCCUGCUCGUGGCCUUCCUGUGCGUGCGCUGCGCCCGUGGGUGGCCCAGCUGGGCGGCGUUCCAGUUUUUCGAGGUGGUUCUGCUCUGGUUCUUCGUGGCGUUCCUCGUCUUCCUGCUCAUGCAUCUGUUCCGGCUGCAGGAGCGGAUGCGCUGCAUCAACUGGCCGCUCACGGAGUUCUUCCACUACUCCGUCGGGGCCGUCCUCGUCUUCAUCGCCUCCAUCGUGGCCGCGGCCAAGAGCGGCGGAGUGUCGGCGCUGAUCGUGGCAUCGGUUUUCGGGUUCAUCGCCACGUUCUUGAUGGCCGUGAAUCUCUGGACGUCCUACAGCCUGGCCUGUGGACCCCAGAACGGUGCAACGGUGUAGAGCGAGGCGCUUGGGGACCCGUGGGGACCCGUGGUGACCCGUGGGGACCCGUGGUGACCGUGGUGACCCAUGGUGACCCAUGGUGACCCGUGGUGACCCGUGGUGACCCUGGGGACCCGCGGUGACCCGUGGGGACCCGUGGGGAUCCGCGGUGACCCGUGGUGACCCGUGGUGACCCUGGGGACCCGCGGUGACCCGUGGUGACCCGUGGUGACCCUUGGGGAUCCUUGGUGACCCGUGGGGACCCGAUGACCCGGCGCCGGAUGGCUGCGUGGGAGUUUGCUGCGUCCUGGUCAGUCUGCUGCCUAGCAACCACCCGGAUCCUGGAAGCUGAUUGGAUUAGAGCCGCGGGGCCCGGGAAAGGAGGGCGGCUGAGACCGGAACCCGGACCCCUGGUACCCGGACCCCUGGACCACCGGGGGGGGGGGACACGGCAGGACUGCAGUUCUUCUUCUGUUUACUUUCUAACUUCUCCGUCACAAGUUAAAGGUGCUUUGUGUCAAAUCUGAGUCAUCGGUGAAAACCGUCGUCACGGAAACCGGGUGCAGCGUCACCUGCGUUCCCGCCGCCAAGAGACUUUUAUCAGCCUUUUAUCAGGUGUUAGCUUUUCCACCCCCCUCUUCCUCGCGUGCCAUAAAUGAACCCGACUAACUUCCUGUCGGACGUUGCGGGUCUGAACUUCGCCGUUCAUUUACUUCAUUUUCAUUAUUUUUUAUUGUUAUUUUUUUAUUGUUAUUUUAGCGCACGGAUGUAUGAAAGUUUUUUGAAAGUCGUGUUUUCUACGGCUUUAGUCCGAGGUCGACUAUAUUUAUCUGUUUGUCAGAAAACCCACGGAUGAACCGUGACUUUAUCUGCCUUGAAAUGAUCACGUAAACAAACCGGCGGCCAUUUUUUAUCCAGAAGUAGCUGAACGUUAUUAAACUCGGCUCUUCUUGGCUGUGAUUAAAGGCAGGGUAGGAAUGUGGGGUUUGUUGACGAAGAGAAGAAUAUAAACGACCUGGACCGGAACUAGACGGGUUUCACUGAUGCCGGGACCGUUAGCGUCGCGGUUCAGGACCGGCUCCGGCCCGCCGGAUCAGCGCUAGCCAACAUACCGCCCAGUUCCGCGGCGGGAGACUCUCCCUGGUGCUUUUACCACGACUUCUUUCAAUCGGACGCCUCGAUUAACUCGGAAAUUCAAUUACCGCAUUGGCCCGAAUAUAAGACGACCCUGAAUAUAAGACACCCCCUUUUUUUCAAGAAUACAGUUUGAAAAAAAGACUUUUUGAACACCAAAUUCAACUUUUUAUACAGUACAUCUGAAGCAAAUGAUUAUAACAAUAUAAUGGAGAGAAAGUUUUGCAUCAUAACUUUUCCUGAGCUGCCGAUUCACCUGCCGAUCUUCCAC